CCCCAGGCCCUGGGCAGGUCCUUACGCACCACAGGCUGGUCUCACGGGUCGUACGGUCAUGCCCUCUGAGCCCAGACUCCCCCACAUUGCUUCUUGGAACUGCCCUGGGCUCUCUGGGCCCACACGAGUUACCAGCUUCGGUGGUCAGAGGAGUAGAGGAGCCUCUUCCUGGCAAGGCCACUGCUCCACGAGCACUUCUCAAGGGCUUGAGGGCCAGUCGGAUGGGGCUGCGAUGUGCCGAGCCCCCUGUCCACCCUUAGCCCUGGAGUGACUGCCUGCUAGCUUCCCAGAAGUAUCUUGCUAGGGAUUUACACCAGGGGGUUGGUGGUGUGCAGGCACUGGGGUACUCAGUGACGGGGACUCAGAAGAGACAAAGUUGAAGGUUUUAGCCCAUCGGGACCCUUCGGCCUGAGCAUUACCCCCUCCCCUGAGCCUCCAGCCUCUCAGUGACAACUUCUCCUGCAAUCAGACCCCCAAAGGCCCCAAACCCUUUUUUCAGGCAGACUUGGCUACAGCUGCCUUCUCCCUGGGCCGCUGGCACACUGCCCCUGGCCCUGAGCAGCCUGGGCCUGUAUGUGUUGGCAUCUGCAGGGAGCAGGACCUCAGCACUGACCAUGGCCUGUCCUGGGCUGGGUGGUUCUUGCGCUCCCACAAAAAGGGCUGGAGCUGCAAAGGAACUAACUGGGAGGAGCCCCUGAGCCUGGCAGCAAGGAUCUGGAAGGAAGUGCUGGGGGAGGCCACGCCAGGUAGGAGCCUGGGUUUCUUCACCUCGUGGGCCACCACCCCAGGGAGGCAGGACACCGAACUGUGAUCAGUGUGACCAGCCUGGCAGCAAGACCCAUUCUCCCAGGCAAGAGGUACCACUUCUGCAGAGGGGCCCCUGCAGCCGCAGGGAGUGUGCAGGCACUGGGGAUGGUGGGUCUGUUCCUGCUGCCCAAGUUCUGUCUGCGACGGUUCCGCUCUUCGGAGGCCCUUUCUGAUUGUCCUUGAGUUGGCCUGCACACGGGCCUUUGAAGGCCUGGUCUUCCUCCCCGCUUCUGCUCCCUCCUGUCUUGGCAGGACCAUCGGAGGAGGAAGGAGCCCCCAUGACUGGGAAAGCCUCUGAUCUGGGGCCCCAUCAAACAUCAGGGGCAGGCCAGCUCCCAGGGGGACUCAGGACCACCCAGCUCUGAGGGCAGAAGCCACUGCCAGCUCCAGCCUUCCAGGAUGCUGCCUGAGGCUGGGCCCCUGCCCAGCUGACCCGGCUGCUUCCCCUUUGGGGGUUGCAGGGCAGUGAUCAAAGGCAUUCAUGGAGGCGCUGCUCUGUGCCACACAUGAGCCACAUUCCCCCGGGCCGCAGAGGAGCAAGGUGCACAAGCCUGAGUGAGGAAUCUGCUGCCUUUUGAAGUCUCCGUGAGCUUCCUGCCCAUGCACAUUGCAGCUUUGCCAUUUCCACUCUGCUCUGCUGCACAGCAGGCAGAAGCCCUGGCCGUCCCCUGCUGCGUUCUUCAGGAGAAACGUCAGGGUCCUUCCUCCAAGGUUCUCGAGCCCCACACCCCUGUGGAGGAAGGUGCUCUCCACCGCAGUAGUGGGGGCGCCCCUGCUCCUCGGAGCCCGCUAUGUCAUGGCAGAGGCGCGGGAGAAGAGGAGGAUGCGGCUCGUGGUGGAUGGCAUGGGGCGCUUUGGCAGGUCUUUGAAGGUCGGCCUGCAGAUCUCCCUGGACUACUGGUGGUGCACCAAUAUUGUCCUUCGAGGGGUGGAAGAGAACAGCCCGGGCUACUUGGAGGUGAUGUCUGCGUGUCACCAGCGGGCAGCUGAUGCCCUGGUGGCAGGUGCCAUCAGCAACGGGGGCCUCUACGUGAAGCUGGGCCAGGGGCUGUGCUCCUUCAACCACCUGCUUCCCCCCGAGUACACCCGGACCCUGCGCGUGCUAGAGGACAGGGCCCUCAAGCGGGGCUUCCAGGAGGUGGACGAGUUGUUCCUUGAGGACUUCCAGGCCCUGCCCCAUGAGCUCUUCCAGGAGUUUGACUACCAGCCAAUUGCUGCCGCCAGCCUGGCACAGGUGCACAGAGCCAAGCUGCACGAUGGCACCAGCGUGGCCGUGAAGGUGCAGUACAUCGACCUGCGGGACCGCUUCGAUGGGGACAUCCACACCCUGGAGCUCCUGCUGCGGCUCAUUGAGGUCAUGCACCCCAGCUUUGGCUUCAGCUGGGUCCUCCAGGACCUGAAGGGGACCCUGGCCCAGGAGCUGGACUUCGAGAAUGAAGGCCGCAACGCAGAGCGCUGUGCGCGGGAGCUGGCACACUUCCCCUACGUCGUGGUGCCCCGCGUGCACUGGGACAAGUCCAGCAAGCGCGUGCUCACUGCCGACUUCUGCGCCGGCUGCAAGGUCAACGAUGUGGAGGCCAUCAGGAGCCAGGGGCUGGCGGUGCAGGACAUAGCAGAAAAGCUCAUCAAGGCCUUUGCUGAGCAGAUAUUUUACACGGGCUUCAUCCACUCGGAUCCACACCCUGGCAACGUUCUAGUGCGGAAAGGCCCGGACGGGAAAGCGGAGCUGGUGCUGCUGGACCACGGGCUCUACCAGUUCCUGGAGGAGAAGGACCGCGCAGCCCUGUGCCAGCUGUGGCGGGCCAUCAUCCUGCGGGACGACGCCGCCAUGAGGGCGCACGCAGCCGCACUGGGGGUGCAAGGUGAGGGCGUGCGGGGAUGGCCUGGGCACCACAGAAGGGAGGCGGGUGGCGCAGAGCCCAGCUCAGAGCCCCCUCGCUCCCCAGACUACCUCCUGUUCUCCGAGAUGCUCAUGCAGCGCCCCGUGCGCCUGGGGCAGCUGUGGGGCUCGCACCUACUGAGCCGCGAGGAGACAGCCUACAUGGUGGACAUGGCUCGCGAGCGCUUCGAGGCCGUCAUGGCGGUGCUCAGGGCGCUGCCGCGGCCCAUGCUGUUGGUGCUGCGCAACAUCAACACCGUGCGCGCUAUCAAUGUGGCCCUCGGCACCCCCGUGGAUCGCUACUUCCUUAUGGCUAAGAGGGCCGUCCGGGGCUGGAGCCGCCUGGCGGGCGCCACGUACCGGGGUGUCUACGGCACCAGCCUCCUGCGUCAUGCCAAGGUCGUCUGGGAGAUGCUCAAGUUUGAAGUGGCGCUCAGGCUGGAGACCUUGGCCAUGCGGCUGACCGCCCUCCUGGCUCGUGCUCUGGUCCACCUGAGCCUCGUGCCCCCAGCAGAGGAGCUCUACCAGUACCUGGAGACCUAGAGUGCAGCCGCCCAGGGCCGGCGGGGCCCUUUUCACCUUGGGCCGACGGAGGUGGCGGGGCUAGAGGUGUGGACACCCCGAGCCCCGUGGGCACUCGCAUUGGGGGACUGUGACAGCAGCUGGGCCAGGAGGCCGUGUAAUGACCACACACUCCUCUCACGCAAAAA